AUGGCGAAAGAACACCGUACAUUCAAAGAGGAGUGCUCUUUCAUCGAGCGCUUAAACAAAAACUCGUUUCUUAUUAAGAAAGGCUUUGUCCCAAACAUGAAGGUAAGUGAACGCGCGCCAAACAUCGGGUCGGAAGCCCAACUCCAGCUGAGUAGCGUGCGCAUCAAAAUACACGUCCUACGAUGUAAUACGUGAGGAUGGUUAUAUUAGACCAUGUUCAUCUAAAAUAAAUCCCCAUACGCCUGCCAUAUCCGUCAAAGCAAAUUUGAAAUAAGUUUUGUCACGACGAAAAUUGGUUCAACUAGAUUUUGUUCACCCCCCCUCCCCCCUUACACACCUUUUCAGCCCACGUUAUGAUCAAAUCCUAGCCCCCUGCCCCCCUCCACGUCUUUUAUGUCGGGACUGUUUCCUCAUUUUUUUUUUGUUUCAAUCAGUCAAUUCACGAACUACAGUUAAACCUGUCUUAGGUGGCACCGUAUUUAAGCACUCGCACUGUAUUGAACGCCUUCUUCCCGUGGGUGAUGACUUAAUACAGGGUUGACCAAAUUGUAUCCAUUAUCCAUCUCCAUUUCCCCAAGUUGCAGACUGUGGCGUUUUUCUGUAAAUUGUUGCAAGAAUGUUUUAGUCAGUUAGUACCAUGGACAAAUUUUUACACACUCUUUCAGAUACAAGACUUGAGCUGUGCAUUGCAGCUAUUUGACUCCGAAGUUCAAACUAUUCUUUUCUUUUUCUUUUUCUUUAAAGGUUGAAGGUAUCUUCUAUAUAAAUGAGUUGCUGGAAAAGCUAAUGUUUGAUGAGCUGAAGAACUGGGCUGGAACUCAAGGUACAGUACUCUGAACAUUUGGAAUAUAAUACUGUUGUAUUUGCUGCAUUUUACUUAUUCCUUUUAUACAGUUAAAUUAAAUUGCUCUCCAGGUAUUGGUGGUUUCCUUCCUGGUGUAAAGCAGAUUGCAAAUGUUGCAGCUUUGCCUGGAAUUGUUGGUGUAAGAAUGAUCAUAACUUUUUCUUGUUGAAAUUAUAACUUAGUGUAAUUGAAACUUGUUCAACCCUGGGCCCAGUGGUUGGAAGGAUGAUAAGUGCUAACCCAGAGUUAAAAUUAAUUUUAAUCAGGGUGUGUUCAAUCCUUUGUUUAAAAGCCUUUUUAGAAUAAUUUGCAAUAAUUUCUUUAGAGCAUCCAAUCAUCAAAUUGCAGACUAAAGGAAUUGUACAUACUGAAUUUUAUUUGAAAGCUUUCAGAUAUGACAUCAGAUUUCACACUGACUGUUAGUUGUCUAAACUCAGCUUUUAACAAACUGACCCUGUACUUGUGGGAAGCAGAGAAAGUAUAAAGAGGAGAUGACAGAAGAGUUUCUUGCUAUACAGUUUGUGUUUCCAUAGUAUUUUCACAUAAAGAUUUCACUUAAAAAUAUCCAGUCACAUCCAGUUAUCCCAUUAUUUCAGAAUUUUGGUUUGUUGAACUUUCUCUGUGGUAAAAUUUUAUUUCCUUCUCAAUACUUUUAGAAAAUUCUGAAAUUGUAUGAGUAGAAUACCAGUAUCCUAAUAUCCUUCUCAGGGAAAAUGCACAUUUUUUUUCCAGGCUAAAGAAGUCCUGAAAAAAGUACUUUCAGAAACAAUAUCAUUCAUCUUUCGAUUGAUUAGUCAUCUCUGAAAGAACUUGUCAUCUCAUCAAUAGGACUAUAUGAAUGACAAUAUACCCUCAGGCAGAGCUUUUUUUAUCAUCUUUUUUUUUUUAAUGGAAAAAUCUGUAAUUUUGACAACAUGCCAAAGCAAUACCACCAAACAACAGUAAUAAAAAAAGGCUAUGUAUCUCCGUUUCUAUUCUGAAAUGUUUACUCAUAUUUUUCACUUGGCCCUCAGAGAUCAGUUGGACUACCAGAUGUUCAUUCUGGCUAUGGGUUUGCUAUUGGUAAGUUACAACUCACACAUCUGUAAUAAAUAAAAUGUAAUGUCCAAUUGAUUGUAAAAUAAAACUCAGGUUUAAAUUGGAUUUUAUUUUUUAAUAUAGGCUAAUUGCUCAGUGGUUGUUCUAGAAAAGUAACAGUAUGCUUCAACCAUUCAGAGGCAAUACUGAAAGCAAUCAAAAUUAAGUCAUUCUUGCUCUCUCAUUCUUAAAGUUGGUUGCAUGUUCAUAGUUCAUAGUCUCAUCUUUGUUCUUAUUUACUACGGUAAUUACCCUUGAUUGGAAGGGAUUUUGCAAUUCUCUGACAAAGUAGUUAAAAACUGAUUUAAAAAUUAUAAUUACAAUUCCUUGAGAUGGAGUAAUCUUUCUUUUUAUUAACAGAAUUCUAAGUCAUAACAUUUAUGUGACUCUUAUGAGACAAGGUGCCAAAAGUGAAGGGGUGCUUGUCUCUCACAAAAGAAGUAAUUUGGAAACUCACCUUUGAGUAGGACUCUAUUUCUUUUAUUUCUUUUUUUUCUCUUUUUGUAGGGAAUAUGGCAGCCUUUGACAUGUCUCUUCCGGAAGCAGUUGUUUCUCCUGGUAAAGUUAAAAAAAAGUCUACUUCAUAAAUGAAUUGAUGAACAGAUUUAUUAAUGAUUGAUCAAAAUUACAAGCUAGUGUAGCAAGACCAAAGUAGCAAUGAAAUACCUUAUAUGCUAUUCUUUGAGUUUGUUCUGAAUUGGUCAUUUUAUAUUUACUUGUUAUGCAAGAUGGUGAUGACAAACACAAGCCAUUUCUUUGCGUGGCUUUCAAUUGGCCAUAUAACAUGCAUAUUAUUUAAAAAUAAUUGUUCAAGUCCUUGUGGCACUGAUCACGAAAUUUUUGACAACUUGUUGUUCUUGAAAUGUAUUUUUUCAUUGUAUGAUUACUUUAAAAGAAGUCUCCCAUCUAAAUCUGAUUUUAAAGAAGUUCUUAUUGUUUAUAAUCAUGAGAAGUACUCAUACAAAAGAUCAUCUGUGUUAGGUGGUGUUGGUUUUGAUAUCAACUGUGGAGUGCGACUACUGAGGACAAACCUUGAUGAGAAGGAUGUCAAACCUGUUAAAGAACAAUUAGCACAGGUACAGGGUAAAGUACAUCAUGGUUAAAUUUCCUCUUCUUCCUUUUGACUGUCAUUUACCCCCUUGGUACAAAUUUCUUUCUCUCCCCAAUCCUCCUCUGCUACAAGUAUCUAAGAUAUAAUUUUCACCUAGAGGAUACUGAGCACUCACCUGCCAUAAUUUUGCCUGCUUUAGCUUGCCUCAGGCUGGGUGCAUUUCUACAUGUACAUGUACUUGCACAAUGUAUCUUUCACGUAAUUAGCACAGAGGACUUCAGUUAUCUGAAACAUUUGCAAACCAGCAAAACAUUUAAGAGAACUGUUUUAUUUUUUGUUUUAGUUUGUUUUGGUUUGUUUUGGUUUUUUGUUUGUUGUUUGUUUGUUUGUUUGUUUUCAUGUUUCUUGUUAGUUAUGCUAACAUUUCUAAUUUCCAUAAUAUUUGUUUCUUUUUUUUUUCUUCUCAUUUCAGUCACUUUUUGAUCAUAUUCCUGUUGGUGUUGGCUCUAAAGGUGUUAUUCCCAUGGGUGCAAAGUAAGCUGAGUUUUUCAUCUCUUGUACAACUUGUCAGUCAAAGCUGUUUAUUCUGACUUCAGUUACAAGCCUAACCCUUUCACUCUCAAGAUUUCAUUGGUAAUUUUCCUUACUUUCUGUCAUACUAUCCCUAUGAUGAUAGUUUGGAGAAUUUGAUAUUGGAUCAACUGAUACCAGUGAUUCCCAACUUGAUACUUUUCUUUAUCCUUAUUACUUGUCUGCUUGAUAGUAAAUUGAGAUUGUAAGGAGAAAUUCUGUCUUGGUCAUAACACUGUAUUGGGUCCAUUACUUUUUUUCUGUAGUCAUUUUAAUAUUUCUUUUGAUUUUCUCCAACAGAGAUCUCGAGGAAGCUCUCUCAAUGGGGAUGGAUUGGUCCUUAAGAGAAGGUUGGCCAUUUUCCUAACUUUUCUUUUAGGUUGUAUUUUUAAGGGGGUGUCUUAUGAAAGCCAUGCAGUUAAUAGAAGGUGUGAGGAUGUUUUUAAUUCAUUUUCGAGUUGAUUUGGGUGAUGGUAAGUUAGGAAAUUCCAAAUAAGGGUGCUUAACGGGUAGUUUUUAUCGGAAAGAGGCAAGUGAGAAGUGGACAACAGAGAAAGAGUCACGGGGAAAUUUAGAUAUACAUUGUACAUGUGCCAUCUCAAAUAAGUAUUUUCAAAGAAUUUAAAAUUACGUUAUCUGGUAUUAAGGUGAACAAAAUUGGUAGUUGAAAAUCGUGACGGUCAUAUUUAAGGUGUCACUGGUGUUCAUCUGAAGGCUUCUUAGUUAUAUGUAAUUUUGUCUUCUCAUUACAGGUUAUGCUUGGGCUGAGGAUAAGGAGCAUUGUGAAGAGUACGGACGAAUGCUGCAGGCUGACCCUGGAAAAGUUAGCGCAAGAGCAAAGAAACGAGGCUUGCCGCAGGAUAAUACAGAAGCACAGAAGUUUCAUUUGUAG